AAUUUCCAGAAACUUGGAUAUAUCGAGAAGGUGAUCAUCGAGAAUUUUGACAAAUAUUCGAGGUUAUUCUCGAUGUUUCUAGAAAAUUCUGUGAUAAAUUUUUACCAUUCAAUUCGGUUAAUAAUAAUAAUUUUAUCGGAUGUUGACAAGCCGGAUAUUAUGUUGUUCGAGAUUAUUUCAAUCUAAUGUAUUGAUUUUUUGUGCUCGACAACAAUCCACAUCAUCAUCAUCAUUAUUAUGGAAACGAAUUUCUAAAAAUAAUCAUUUUAAAAUCGAAAAAAAUCAAUUGAUUUUGUCCCGAAAUAAAUCAUUGAAUUUAUUGCCAAAAUGUUCGAUACAUAUGUCACCAAAACGAUACAAUCCGAUCAUAUCGGUGAUCGUACGACAAGUGUUAAAAGUUGCCACCAUGUUUACAGCCAGAGCAAUACGAAAAUGGUAUCAAUCAUUACCGAAUGAAAAAAGAAAAAUUGUAUUCGCUUGGUUGGCCAAACAUAAAUUAAAAUUCCUAUCAUUAUUCAUGUUAUUAUCGAUAUCAUUAUUUUAUUAUUAUGAAUCACAUAUACAGGAAACACCUAUUACACGACGACGACGUUUUAUUGCUUUUACACCUGAACAAUUUCGUUUAUUGAAUCGUAUCGAAUUGGAAACAAAACUGGAACAAUUUUCCAAUCAUCUUUUACCGGGUAAUCAUCCAACAACAAUACGUGUUGCAAAAGUUGCCAAACAACUAAUCAAAGCUAAUCGUGAUAUUGAACAAAUUGAUGAACAUGAAUGGACUGUAUCGGUUAUUGAUGAUCCAAAAAUAAUGAAUGCAUUUGUAUUACCAUCGGGUAAUAUAUUUGUUUUUACCGGUCUGUUAUCAUUCUGUGAUAAUGAUCAUCAAUUAGGAAUUAUUUUAUCACAUGAAAUAUCACAUGCAAUAUUAGCACAUGGAAUUGAAUUGGCUAGCCAUGCACAUAUUGUUGAUCUAUUAUUCAUUGGUUUAUUAGGAUUUGUUUGGAUGUUUUUUCCAACCGAUACUAUAGCUGCAAUUGGUUCAUUCAUAUCGAAAUUAGUAAUGAAAAUAAUGAUGGAAACACCUUAUAGUAAAAUGUUGGAAACAGAAGCCGAUGAAGUGGGAAUGAAUUUAGCUGCAAAAUCUUGUUUUGAUAUUCGUGAAGCAAGUGUAUUUUGGUCAAAAAUGUCCUAUAUGGAACAAUCAACAAUGAUGGAAUUAUUCGGUACAACUGAAUCACCAAUCAAUCUAGAUUUUCUUAGUACACAUCCAUCACAUAAUGAACGAUCAAAAAAUCUAGAUAGUUUAGUUGAUGAUGCUUUAAUUUGUCGUUCGAAAAGUGGUUGUCCACCAUUACCACGUUUAGAUCCACGUAUACGUAUAACGAUUAAUGAUCAGAAAAAAAUGGCCGAAACAUUUCGUAAAGAAUUACAAGGAAUAUUUCGUAUUAAAGAUUUUAAAGAAAUUUAAAUUUUAUACAUUUUUAAAAGAAUGUUUUCUUUGUUAAUUAAAUGCUCAAUUAUCUAAGGAAUUCUCCGAAUAAAAAA